GAAGAGGAUUUAAUUAAUGCUGGUUUUGUAAGAGAAUUGGAUUUUGUAGAAAGCAAUAAUUUUGAAAUUGAAUGUGAUGUGAUCAGUUUGGCCACCUGAAAUUUGAAUUUUUUUUGAGCGGUUCGAUGUGAAAUUCCCUGCUGCUCUCUCCCUGUAAUACGAUUUUCCUCAAUUGCCAGUGCUGGGGUCAGAAGCAGAGUGUGUGUUGGUGUUGACUUUUCUGGAAAAUACAAAUUUUAUUUUGCGUUUAGUGCGAGCGGAAAUGAGCGAGCAAAAUCAGGAACUGAGCGUGGAGAAAGUGGAGGAGGCCGAGAAGAUCAAGAAUGUAGCGAACGAAUAUUUUAAAAAACAGGAUUACCAAGAAGCAAUAAAUUACUAUACACAAGCAAUAGAGAUAAAUCCAAGGAAUGCCAUAUACUACGGGAACAGGAGCUACGCUUAUCUCAGAACAGAAUUUUAUGGUUAUGCCUUAGCCGAUGCAUCCAUGGCCAUUGAACUGGAUAAAACCUACAUAAAGGGAUACUACAGGCGGGCUGCCUCCUAUAUGUCUCUUGGUAAAUUCAAGGAAGCCCUGAGAGAUUACGAAUAUGUAAUUAAAGCUCGACCAAACGAUAAGGAUGCUAAAAGGAACUACACAGAAUGCAAUAAAAUAGUGAAGAAAAUUGCUUUCCAAAAGGCAAUCUCAGUGAAGGAGACCAAAAAGAAGGGAGCAGAUAGUAUUAAUUUGGAUUCAAUGACAAUUGAAAACGAGUAUAACGGACCUGAACUUGUAGAUGGCAAAGUAACUUUACAAUUUAUGAAAGAUCUUAUGGAGUUUUACAAGAAUUGCGGGAACCUGCAUAGGAAAUAUGCAUAUAAUAUACUAUUAGAUGUAAAAGACUAUUUUAUGGAUCAGCCGUCGUUGGUCGAUGUGCCUAUUGGCGAUGAUAAUACUUUUACGGUGUGCGGUGAUAUUCACGGCCAGUUCUAUGAUCUUAUGAAUAUUUUUGCUAAAAAUGGUUUACCUUCAGAAACGAAUCCAUACCUAUUUAAUGGUGAUUUCGUUGAUAGAGGAUCUUUCUCGGUUGAAUGUAUAUUCACGCUGUUUGGAUUCAAAUUAUUAUAUCCGAAUCAUUUCUUUAUGUCUCGAGGCAAUCACGAGAGUGCAAUGAUGAACCAUUUGUACGGAUUCGAGGGAGAGGUAAAAGCCAAAUAUACGACACAUAUGGCCGAGCUGUUCACUGAAGUCUACAACUGGUUACCUUUAGCUCAUUGUCUCAAUAAUAGGGUUGUGGUGAUGCACGGUGGUCUAUUCUCUCGUGACGACGUAACGUUAGAUGAGAUUCGGAGCAUCGAUAGAAAUAGGCAGCCCCCAGACGAGGGAUUGAUGUGCGAACUGCUGUGGUCUGAUCCUCAGCCUCAGAACGGAAGAGCUCUGAGCAAGAGAGGAGUCGGAUGUCAUUUUGGACCAGACGUUACCGCAAACUUCCUGAAGAUGAACAAUCUGGAUUACAUCAUCAGGAGUCAUGAAGUGAAGAACGACGGAUACGAAGUUGCCCACGACGGCAAGUGUAUAACCGUCUUCUCUGCACCUAACUAUUGUGAUACAAUGGGAAAUCUGGGAGCAUUUAUAACGUUGCAGGGCAAAGACAUGGUUCCACAGUUCACAAAAUAUGCGGCUGUGCCUCAUCCAAACGUGAAACCAAUGGCCUAUGCGAACUCAUUCCUAAGCAUGAUGUGCUAGUACUUGCUCAUUGAAACGUAGUACCCAUGUAGAUCAAUUUAGAGUUAAUUUUUCGAUUAGUAUUUUUACUUUUCUUUGAAAUAUUGCGCAUUUGCAAGAAGGAAGUACGAAGUCAUUUAUCAUUUUUAGGCCAAUUAUAUUCAUAAUCGCAACACAAGAACUAAAAACAAUUGAGAAAACAGUAAUAGAAACAUCAAGGUAACAAGGACAAAAAUACAAAAACAAAUCGAGCGAAUUCUAUUCAAGACUCGCGGUUUUUCACGUUUUUUUAUUUCCUAUAUCAGUUUACUUCGCUUUUAGUAUCAUUCUCUGUUUCAUUGUUUACUUUAACAGGUUGUCGAUUAUUACUUUUUCUUGACUAUGUUUUCUUUCUGUUUGGUAUGUAAUUAUCGCAAACGACGCAUUUAUUCGCCCGUUCCGGGCUUCUUGUUUUCGUUUUCUACUUUGAUUGUUGAUCUAAAUUGAGAUUCAGGGAACUGCCUAGACAAAUUACUACGAUGAACCAUUAUUUGGAAAGCGAAUGAGAAAAAAAACGAUUUGUUAAUAAUAAAUUUACUAAUAAUACCAA